AUGGUUGAAGCUAAAUAUUUGAAGGUUGCAAAGGAUCUUUUGGCCAAGCAUCCAUACUUUCUCUUGGCCAAAUCAUGGUGCCCGGAUGUCAAGUACGCCAUUAACACCUUGAAGGAACACAAGAAGUACGAUGGGUACUUCUAUGCCUACGAACUCGAUAAGUUGCCAGACCAAGCCGAAGCUUACAGAAUCGAACAGGCUUUUACCGAAUUAGCCGGUAGAAAAUGGGUGCCAUCUAUCUUUGUCAAUGGUCAAUACUGGGGUACUGAACAAGACUUGAAGGUGUUGAGAUCUCAAGACAAAUUGAAAGAGACUUUGGACAAGCUUAUUGUUUGA